GGGGAGCUACGCAAUUGAAAAUUAAAAAAAACGAAGAAAAAAGUAUUGUGUAUAUGCUGCUAAAAGUUAAUAGAAAAAAUUGAUUAAAUUACAAAAUUAUUUAACAAUUAAGAUUACGGAAACUCAAACAAAUUUCAUACUUAAAGAAAUCAAAUCUGUGGGAAGUGCAGGAAAGAAAAGUAAAGUUGGAAAAAGGCAGAGGUUUUGCAGAAAUUAAAUUUAAAAUAUAUAUAUAAAAAGUAAUAACUGGCAAAACUACAUAACAACUGGAAUACAAAAGAAGAAGUAGCCACGGUGUGAUACGUGGCUUUGGAGACGUUCGAAUUUUGUGAUAAAACUACUCAUUAAACACACACCAUCCUACUACUCCACUAAAACAUACAUAAACACAUACAUACAAAUAUUUAUACAAAAUUAUAUAUAUAUAAGAACAAGAUGUCCUCACCAAGUGCUGGCAAACGUCGUAUGGACAAUGAUGUCAUCAAAUUGAUAGAAUCAAAACAUGAGGUUACAAUUAUAGGUGGCCUUAAUGAAUUUCAUGUGAAAUUCUUUGGUCCUCAUGGGACACCGUACGAAGGUGGCGUUUGGAAGGUUCGAGUCUACCUACCCGACAACUAUCCCUUCAAAUCACCCAGCAUAGGUUUUGUGAAUAAAAUCUAUCAUCCUAAUAUAGACGAAUCGUCGGGCACCGUCUGUCUCGAUGUUAUAAAUCAGGCCUGGACGGCCUUGUAUGAUUUGUCGAAUAUCUUUGAAUCAUUUUUGCCACAGCUGCUCACAUAUCCAAAUCCAGUAGAUCCCUUAAAUCGUGAUGCAGCCUCACUGUAUUUACAUGAACCUGAAGAAUAUCACCGCAAAGUAGCUGAUUAUGUACAACGUUAUGCCACUGAGGAGGCUUUGAGAGCCGCCCAAGUCGAACGUGAAAGUAGUGAUAGCGAAUCCAGUAUGUCCGACUAUAGUGAAGACGAGGCAAGGGACAUGGAGUUAUAAUACCGAUUUAUUAUUAAGUUAAUAUUAUGAAUUUGAAAAUAAUUGCAAUAAUUAUAUAGAAUACAAUUUUAAUGAAAAUGAAAGGAAAACAUAAACAAAAACAAAAUCAAGAAGAAAAGGAAACCAACCACAAACAAAAUAAGAUGAAUUAAUAAUGUUAAAAACUACAAAUUAAAAAUGAAAAAAAAAAACACAAAACAAAACAACAAACACAACAAAUUAAAUUAUCCUCCCUCUACUAAUACAACAAAUAGUUAUAAUAAACAAAUAAUAAUAUGUAAUAAUGAAGAUUACCUUAGUCAAUCAAUCAAUAUAUG